GGGUAAAUAGACAGUUAUUAUCAUAGUUAUGGGUAGUGAAGAACGGCCUAAUAACUCUAUGGUGCCUUGUGAACGUAUUUUCAUUCAACGUGAUUAUUCAUCUGGUACAGCAGUACGAUUUCAAACUUUACCAAUGCCUUUACAACUUCGUGGACGUAUUCCUCCUAAUCGAUACGCUGAUGCAAUCGCUCGUUUGAAUAAAUUAUUCGAUGAAGCUGAAACAAUUAAUUCUUCUGUUUGUCUAGAGAACUUAUUUGGUUGUUUAACAGCAUAUCUGAUAUUUUUAUGCAUGAAGACACAUUAUGACAAGGUAUUGCAUAAAGUGACUUUAGCUGUUGCGGAUUUAAAUGAGAAAUUAUUUUUACCGAAUGGAUUACUUAUGAUUGAUCCAUCAGAACGUGGACUUAGGGUAAUAGAGUUAUGUAUAUUCCAUUCUCAAUGAAAAUUAUAUGCUGGUUUGAAUGUGGGGGCUUUUGUAUUGCACAAUGAGUCUAAUUUCCUACUCUAGUGUGUAUUGGUUCAUAAAAAUGUGGUUUUAUACACAAGAUUUUGAAAAAUAGGAGUGUAAUCCACACUUAUCUUCAAGUUAUUUAUAUCUACAAUCAAAUAAACUUUUAUAUCUGUCUCGUUUUCUUUCGUAUAAACUGUGUUAUAUUCAUUACCAUAAAUCUAUACUAUAUCAGUUAUUAUAGAUCUUAUUAACAAACAAUACAUCUCAUUGGUGAAUUAA